AUGAGACCAGCCUCCAUCACACAUGCCCUUCCUCUCCUGCCAACCUGUCUUCCUCCAUCCUCUACCUGUCCGCUCGGGGUCAUACUGUGGAUCUGCUAGCAGACGUGCAUUACUAGCAUCAUGCCAGCUGUGUUGAAGUCAUCUCAGGAUGGGAGCAUGACAGAUUCAGGCGAGCUGGAGCAGGCGGCAACCCCCUGCUUUGGAAAAGUGCCCCGUGACCUGCUCCAAAACUUUCCUCACACUAAGCGUGUGGGCAGCUACCUGGUGGGCAAAAUGAUCAACAAGGGCUCAUUCGCCAAGGUUAUGCUAGGCAUGCACAUCAGUACAGGAGAGAAGGUGGCGAUCAAGGUGAUAGAUAAGAAAAAGGCUCGUCAGGAUUCAUAUAUUUUAAAAAACAUGAAGCGCGAACCCCGGAUUCACCAGCUGAUCCACCACCCGAACAUCGUCUUGCUGCUGGAGACGCUGGAGACAGAGAACUGCUACUACAUGGCCAUGGAGCUUUGCAGAGGAGGAGACCUUAUGGAUCGAAUCUGUGAACGCAAACGGUUGGAGGAGAGAGAGGUUCGCAGAUACACCCGUCAGAUACUGUCUGCAGUGGAACACCUGCAUCGACACGGGAUAGUUCACAGAGACUUGAAGAUUGAGAACUUACUACUGGAUGAACUCAACAACAUAAAGAUAGUAGACUUCGGACUGAGUAACACUCUGAAGGCAGAUUGUCUUUCUUUGGAGCUGCUGAACACUCAGUGUGGCAGUCCUGCUUACGCAGCUCCUGAACUGCUGGCCCACAAGAAGUACGGCUCUAAAGUGGAUGUGUGGUCAGUGGGUGUGAGUAUGUUUGCCAUGUUGACUGGCACUCUACCGUUUACAGUGGAGCCCUUCAAUAUCAAGCAGCUUCAUCAAAAAAUGGUGAAUGGAGAAAUCAGUCCGAUACCAUCAGACAUCAGCAAAGCGGCUGUACAGUUUGUCUUGUCUCUGCUGGAGCCAGAACCAGCAAAAAGGCCAACAGUAAAAACAGCAAUGCAGGAUAAAUGGUUGAAUGAGGGAUAUGCCAAGAGACCCCUCCAUACUGUCACUCAUAAAAACAGGCUGCGUCCUGAGGAUCUGAAUUCUGCUGUGUUAAAAUACAUGACUGAAUCACUAGGUUACGGUCUUUCUGAUAUCAUCCACACGGUCACCAGUAACAAGCCAUCAACCACUUUGGCUUGCUACCAUCUCCUGCUGAAAAAACUCUCCAGGCAUCAGAAAGUAGUGAGGACCAUGAAGAGAGAAGAGAACAGCGAAUGGAAUCUUCUGAAUAAGGGCUUGUUGAGAAGGACAAGCAAUGCAGGUGCAAAGAGUCAGCAGUCUCCUCAGAGUGACACAGCCAAUGAGAGGAGCUCAAGGCAGUCCAGUAAGGCCCAGCGGAGCCAAUCACAGGACAGAGACACCCAGAGUGCCAGAAAAAGGACAGCAGAGAGCAUAAGACCAAAACAGUCAAGCCUAGUGGACAGAGAAGAUUCUCCUUCCUUUCUGCCUGUGGAUACAGCUAAUGAGAUCACCAUGCUGGUCAAGCCACAUGAUGGACUGAUUCCUAAGGUCUUAACUUUUGGUGAGAAGGAGAAGCUUUGUGUUUCACCGCCUAAGUGUUCCUGCAGAGAGGGGAGUGGCACCAAACUCUGUGACUCCGCCACUUUUGAUGCCACUGUGACCAUCGAAACCUCCAGAGACUCCCAGACAAUGAAAACAUCAAUCAGACCACAUGAUCUGAGACCGGCUUACUCUGACAAAUAUCAAGUGCUAGAAUACGAACAUCAGCCUGAUGACAAUGCUUCAGAGGCUGGACUGUCAGCACCUCGACUUGACUCGCCUUUCCCAGGAAAUAACGGCUAUACACCGGCCUUCUCCGGUUUCUAA